AUGUGUCAUUCCCGCGUCUCUCCCCACCGGUUAUGCCUUAUCUUCCCCCCACCCGCUUUCUCAUCCACUCAUAUUCGGAUUUCACCAAGCUACAGACGGGACGGCGCAGAUGACCAUCGACCGGGCUCCGAUUUAGGUUCUCACGACGGGACUGGGACCGGAUACGUUCCGUUGAGCUCUUCAAAACCUCGAAUUUCUUUGAUGCUUCCACAGUCGCAACCCAGCAGUCACCGCCAACUGGAGCUUCUAUCCCCUUUUCGCCUGCUUCUCAAACGCCGCCACCGGACGCUUUCCUCAUCGAAACGCCGCCGAUGGCACCCUUCUAUCCCAAUUCGGAACCCUAUUCAGACCUUUUCGUCACUUACUCCUCUCAAAAAGACGCAUCAUCCAGACCAGGUGCGCUUUCCUUGUGUAAGAACUGCUUUCGGUGGUAUAAAUGCAUCUGCUGUUCAAAUAGAUGUAGAGAUCAAGACGGUGAACCACGAAUACAGGACAAGGUUUAGACUCCAAUUAACCAUUCAGAACAAACGGGAAUUCAGUUUACAUUGCAGAUACUCGGCGUUAUUAACUACUCCAUCCCUUUGCCAAGAAGGAAGACUCAAGGAGCUACAAGAUAAACUAGAAGCAGUGAAAAUGGAACAACCACAAGGUCACGAUGAGCUUUAA